AUGGCACCCUCGACCAUGGUCUUCGAUUACAGGGGACAAAUAAUAGGCAAGUACCUUGCAAAUCACAACUGCGAGUUUUUCUUGGCAAAGCAUGACGUUGUCUCCGUAGUCACCGUCAAGCAUGUUCUAGGAGACUUCAAAGCGUAUGCAAUUCGGUCCAACCAGAGCUCCCGGGAAGCGCUUCUCUCCUCCGACUCCCGUUCUACUCCUCUGCUUGCCGUCGAAUCGCUGCAUACCAAGUCAUGCGAAGCCGUCCAGCAAUUCAUCAACACCAACGGUUUCUCAUAUCCUCCAGACCUAAAGAAGACCAGGUUCGACGACGACGACGACGAGGAUGACGAUGACGAGGAUGAGGAUGAGGAAGACGGGAAUGAUGAGGAUGAUAUAGCACCCAUCUUCUCCAAUCUCCUAUCUGAUCAUCCUGCACCACCAACGGCUGCCACAUCUUACAGGAGCAGCUCAGAUGGUGAGGUCAAAAUGACGCCUGCCUCUUCCACGGUUCCCAUCACUCAUGGCCGCGAGGUCAGGGACGAGAGGAGUAAUAAUAUCAGCAAGCCCCGUACCAAUCCGCCGCCACCACCACCACCGCCAGGCCGACAGUCUCCAGAAGCACUGAUUUUCCCAAAUACCAAGCCCCCCUACACGCUUUCUCAGGCAGAGGAGCUAGUGAUGGAACUUAUUAACGGCCCCCUAUCCAUCUGCCUCCCCCGUGGCUCCGGCCCGCCCCCGCCCCCGCAGCCCACAUACAGCUCGACCACACCGGCCCCCAGGCCCCAACCUGCCUCUGCCUCUGCCUCUGUCCCUGUCCCUGUCCCUGCCCCUGUCCCUUCUUGGCCCCCAGCCUCGCGCGGCAUGUCUGCCCCUCCGGUAAACUACCCACCCGCCCACCUGCGUAGCAUGCAUCCUCCUCGCCAACAAGCCAACAACAAUAACUUCCCAUCCAUGGUGGUACCACCACCGCCGCCGCCGCCUCCGCCGCCGUCGCAGCUGUCGCAGCAUCCACGCGGUCACCCCGUCAUAGCAGCAGCAGCAGCAGCUAACCCGCGCCUGUAUGACAUCGCGCUGACGAUCCGGUGGCUGGGCCACGGCGAGGCACGGGUGCUCGCGAGCUGCAGGGCCAGCGUACAGGCGCUCAAGAGCACGGCGGUGACGUACGUGACGCGGUACGCGUCGGCCUUCGACCGGGACGGCUCGCCGCCCAACAGGAACGGGAGCGGGCACGGGAGCGGGAGCGGGAACGGGAACGGGAACAACGCCAAGUGGCAGGGGACCGUGCGGCUCCGGCGCGCGAGCAUCCGGAACCUGCACGGCGAGGAGUACGACUUGAACAUGGAGCUGUACCAGGAGGACGACCUGACGCGGUUUUGUGGCGGGAGGGGGAUUCCGAGGUUUGAGGUCGAGGUGGAGGAUCAGGCGGAGGAGGGGGAGAGGGCGAAGGCGAGGGCGAUUUGA